AAAGCCACAGCUCUGAAGCUUCUCUUGAGCAACAGAGUAUCCACCAGCGCUCACCCCAAGAUGAAUCAGAGAUGUUUCUUCACCAGAGGUCAAAGGUGAAGCCUGAUUUAUAAAAACCUCCCUAGCCCAGCACUCCUCAUCACCGCUGUGCACACUCUUGGCAUUCCAGACUUCUCUGCAGAGGGGUGAACGUAGGUUGGUAAGAUGACUAAGCUGGAAGAUUACCUGGAGGGAAUCAUCAACAUCUUCCACCAGUACUCUGUUCGGCUGGGGGAUUACGAUACCCUCAUCAAGCGUGAGCUGAAGCAGCUGAUCACAAAGGAACUUCCCAACACCCUCAAGAACACCAAAGAUCAACCUGCCAUUGACAAAAUAUUCCAAGAGCUGGAUGCCAAUAAAGAUGGACAGGUCAGCUUUGAGGAAUUCAUAGUCCUGGUGUCCAGGGUGCUGAAGACAGCCCACGAAGAUAUCCACAAAGAGUAGGAAGCUCUUUCCAGCAAUGUCCCCAAGAAGAUAUUCCCUUCUCCUCCCUGAGGCUGCCUUACCUGAGGGAAGAGAGAAUUAAUAAACAUACUUUGGCAAAGUUCUUAGCAGAA